AUGAAGUCUUUGAUACCUUUUUACAUCCUCAACUUCUCGGCCGUCGCUAUUGCGGCUUCUGGCCCGGUAUAUAUUACUGAAAUUCCCGCCUAUGCUACUCUCGCACCAUGUGCUGCCUCAGGGGUAUCCUACGCUGUUCAAGGCCUGACUGGAAGCAAAUGCCCUACUGAUCCAGCACAACUUCAAUCUUGUGCUUGUACGAAAGAUUCAAAUUCUGCGGCCGUGGGAUCAUCUAUUGGGAAGGAAGUUCUCGGUUAUUGCUCUUCGACGGCAUCUGACGAUGUCGCUUCUGCGGCAUCAGCUUUCAGUAUUUACUGUAAUCCAGGCGGUUCAGUGGCUCCUACUAACCAACCGGCUUCUGGAGGGGUUUCGCAGUUCGUUACUGAUUUACCUGCUUUUACGAAUCUUGCUCCUUGUGCGGGGAGUGCGAUAUCUUAUGCCAUGGCCUCGCUCACUUAUAAAGAUUGUCCUUCAGAAGCGGCGGGAUUACAAAGUUGCGCUUGUACGAAGAAUCAAAAUUCCGCCAGAAUCACUCAGGCUCUCAACAGUCAAGUGGGCUCAUACUGUGGCUCUACUCGUACCGAAGACAAAACUUCUGCUCAAGCUUUCUUCGCUGGCUAUUGUGGGUUGGCCGGUGGAUCAGCAUCAGCGUCUUUUCUAACCCCUUCUUACCUUCCAGGAGUUGUUUCUUAUUACCUCACGGAUUUACCGCAAUAUGGAUCGCUUGCUCCGUGUGCGGCUUCGGCGAUGAGAUAUGAGAUUAGUUCUAUGACUGCGAACCUCUGCCCGCCUUCGCCCAUGGCACUUGUUUCUUGUGCUUGUGUGAAGGAUAACAAUUCCGCGGCGUUGACGGCUGCUUUUAUCAGCGAGGUCAAGUCUUAUUGUGGAAAUACGGCUAGUGCGGAUAUACAGAGCGCUUUGGGGGUUUUUGACUUUUAUUGUAGUGCUGGGAAGGGAUUGGUCACUCCACAGGGGGUUACUGCUUCUGGUUUGUCAUUUCUCUCAAAUCGUUCUUGUGGUUUGACUGAUGAUUUGUAGUUGCUCCAACACCAACAAAUGGCGAUAAACCAGCAACAGGAACGAAAGAAACUGGAACUUUGGGAGCGAAAUCAACAUCCACAAACGGCUCAACUUCCAACACAAAUACCACGUCUCCAUCGCCAACAGCCAAAAGACCACUCCAAAUAGCAGCCAUUAUAGGCGGAGCAAUCGGGCUCAUCGCCCUCAUAGUGGCUGGUGUCCUAGCCCUCUUCUGCUACCGCAAAAACCGUACCAAGAAAUCCGCUUCAAACACACAAAACACCGCCCCCUAUGAUUACACAAAAGCCGAACUGCCCGUCAACGAACGCACAAGUGUAACCCAUAGCGUCUCCCCCGUCCUGUCCAAGCCCUCGCCAAUGGGUAUGAACAUCGACCACCGACCCGUCUCACCUAUGGAAGAGAAACCAUAUGCCCACAACAACACAUGCCGCUCGGAACUACAACAUACUGGGCCUAUAAGAGCUGAAAUUCCCACUGGUGGUGUGCAAUUGCAGGAGUUGCCGCCUAAUCAACAGUACGGCUACACACCUGUGAAUCAGUAUCCUAGUCCGAAUUCCCCUUUCCAUCUUACUCCUUUGCCGAGUCCGGGGCUGAGUCCGAAUGGAAAUUAUUAUGAGGUUGCUGGGCAGAAUGUGUAUUCGCAGCCUCAAGCGCAGGGGCAGUAUUCUUUCCCGCUGGCGGGACAAGGUGGACAUGUCGUUCAUGAGAUGGGUGAUGGGAGGAUUAGGGGUUAG